AUGCCAGAACAGGAAUCAACUGAAGAAAAGAGAGUUGAAGGUGUUUCAUUGCCAGCAGACGAGCCUGCUGAAGAAAUUCCCGAAGCUUUUGAAAUAUCAGAAGAACCAGCCCAAGAAAUUAGUCAGAUUGGUGAUAUAUUAGAAGAUAAGACAACGCCUGAACGUGUUUCAUUGAUAGAAACAGAAUAUGCUGGAGAAAUUGCAGAAGCCGUUGAAGUACCUGAAGAAGAGAAAGUUGAAUUUGUUUCAUUACCAGAAGAUGAACAGGCAGACAACGUCACUGAAGGUAUUCAAGUCACUGAAGAGGACAAAUCAUUCGAAAGUGUUUCAGUUUCAGAAGAGAAGACUGCUGAAGAAUUCGCUGAAUUUACUGAUGUAUCCGGAGAACAUAAAGAAAUUGAAAGUGUAUCAUUGCCAGAAGAAUUAGCUCAAGAAAUUCAAACUAUAGGAAUUUCAGACGAACAGACUCUAGUUGAAACCACUGAAGUGUCAGAAGAAAAACCAGCUGAAACUAGUGAUGUAUCCGAAGAAGAGAAAUCAGUUGAAAUUACUGAAGUGUCAGAAGACGAGAAACCAGAAGAACAUUCUGAAGAAAUUGUUGAAACUCUUGAAGUUUCAGAAGACGAAAAAGCAGAAGAAACAUCUGCAGAAACUGUUGAACCUCUUGAAGUAUCAGAAGAAGAGAAACCAGAAGAAACAUUAGAAGAAAUUGUUGAACCUCUUGAAGUAUCAGAAGAAGAAAAACCAGAAGAAACAUCAGCAGAACUUGUUGAAUCUCUUGAAGUUUCAGAGGAAGAAAAACCAGAAGAAACAUUUGAAGAAAUUCUUGAAACUCUUGAAGUUUCAGAAGACAAAAAACCAGAACAAACAUCUGCAGAAAUUGUUGAAACGUUUGAUGUAUCCGAAGAAGAAAAACCAGAAGAAACAUCUGCAGAAAUUGUUGAAAUGCUUGAUGUAUCCGAAGAAGAAAAAACAGAAGAAACAUCUGCAGAAAUUGUUGAAUCUCUUGAAGUAUCAGAAGAAGAAAAACCAGAAGAAACAGAAAAACCAGAAGAAACAUCUGCAGAAAUUGUUGAAUCUCUUGAAGUAUCAGAAGAAGAAAAACCAGAAGAAACAGAAAAACCAGAAGAAACAUCUGCAGAAAUUGUUGAAUCUCUUGAAUUUUCAGAAGAAGAAAAACCAGAAGAAAUAUCUGCAGAAAUUGUUGAAACUCUUGAAGUUUCAGAAGAAGAAAAAACAGAAGAAACAUCCGCAGAAAUUAUUGAAUCUCUUGAAGUCUCUGAAGAAAAAGAACCAGAAGAAACAUCUGAAGAAAUUGUUGAAACCCUUGAUGUAUCUGAAGAAGAAAAAACAGAAGAAACAUCUGCAGAAAUUGUUGAAACGCUUGAUGUAUCUGAAGAAGAAAAAGCAGAAGAAACAUCCGCAGAAAUUGUUGAAACUCUUGAAGUAUCUGAAGAAGAAAAAGCAGAAGAAACAUCCGCAGAAAUUGUUGAAACUCUUGAAGUAUCUGAAGAAGAAAAAGCAGAAGAAACAUCCGCAGAAAUUGUUAAAACUCUUGAAGUAUCAGAAGAAGAAAAACAAGAAGAAACAUCUGCAGAAAUUGUUGAAACUCUUGAAGUUUCAGAAGAAGAAAAACCAGAAGAAGUAUCUGCAGAAAUUGUUGAAACUCUUGAAGUCUCUGAAGAAGAAAAACCAGAAGAAACAUCUGCAGAAAUUGUUGAAAUGCUGGAUGUAUCCGAAGAAGAAAAACCAGAAGAAACAUCUGCAGAAAUUGUUGAAACUCUUGAAUUAUCUGAAGAAGAAAAACCAGAAGAAACAUCUGCAGAAAUUGUUGAAACGCUUGAUGUAUCUGAAGAAGAAAAACCGGAAGAAACAUCCGCAGAAAUUGUUGAAACUCUUGAAGUUUCAGAAGAAGAAAAAGCAGAAGAAACAUCUGCAGAAAUUAUUGAAUCUCUUGAAGUCUCUGAAGAAAAAGAACCAGAAGAAACAUCUGAAGAAAUUGUUGAAACCCUUGAUGUAUCUGAAGAAGAAAAAACAGAAGAAACAUCUGCAGAAAUUGUUGAAACGCUUGAUGUAUCUGAAGAAGAAAAAGCAGAAGAAACAUCCGCAGAAAUUGUUGAAACUCUUGAAGUAUCUGAAGAAGAAAAAGCAGAAGAAACAUCCGCAGAAAUUGUUGAAACUCUUGAAGUAUCUGAAGAAGAAAAAGCAGAAGAAACAUCCGCAGAAAUUGUUAAAACUCUUGAAGUAUCAGAAGAAGAAAAACAAGAAGAAACAUCUGCAGAAAUUGUUGAAACUCUUGAAGUUUCAGAAGAAGAAAAACCAGAAGAAGUAUCUGCAGAAAUUGUUGAAACUCUUGAAGUCUCUGAAGAAGAAAAACCAGAAGAAACAUCUGCAGAAAUUGUUGAAAUGCUGGAUGUAUCCGAAGAAGAAAAACCAGAAGAAACAUCUGCAGAAAUUGUUGAAACUCUUGAAUUAUCUGAAGAAGAAAAACCAGAAGAAACAUCUGCAGAAAUUGUUGAAACGCUUGAUGUAUCUGAAGAAGAAAAACCGGAAGAAACAUCCGCAGAAAUUGUUGAAACUCUUGAAGUUUCAGAAGAAGAAAAAGCAGAAGAAACAUCUGCAGAAAUUGUUGAAAUGCUUGAUGUAUCUGAAGAAGAAAAACUAGAAAUUGUUGAAUCUUUUGAAGUAUGUGAAAAACCAGAAGAAAGCGAAAAACCAGAAGAAACAUCUGCAGAAAUUGUUGAACCUCUUGACGUUUCAGAAAAAGAAAAACAAGAAGAAACAUCUGAAGAAAUUAUUGAACCUCUUAACGUUUCAGAAGAAGAAAAACAAGAAGAAAUAUCUGAAGAAAUUAUUGAACCUCUUAAAGUCUCUGAAGAAGAGCGACAAGAGGAACCAUCUGAAGAAACUGUUGAACCUCUUGAAGUAUCAGAAGAAGAGAAAGUAGUUGAAAUUAUUAAAAUAGCAGAAGGGAAACCAUUUGAGAAACCAAUGGAAAGUGUUUCAGUCUCAGAUGAAAAGAAAGUAGACAGUACUAUUGAAGGUUCAGAAGAAGAGACACCUGCUGAAACUCUUGAAGUAUCAGAAGAAGAGGAACCAGUUGAAACCAUCGAAAUAGCAGAAGAAGAGAAACUAGUUGAAACCAUUGAAGUAUCAGAAGAAGGCAAACCAGUUGAAAGUCUUUCAUUACCAGAAGUUACUGAAGUAUUAGAAGAAGCUGUUGUUCCUGAAAGUGUUUCGUUUCCUGAAGAACUAGCUGAAAUGGAACGUGUUUCAGUUUCAGAAGAAAAAACUACAGGCAAAGUCAAUGAAAUUACUGAGCUAUAUGAGGAAGACUUAGGAAUCGAAAGUGUUUCUUUGCCAGAAGAAUCAAAUAAAGAAAUUCAAACUGUAGAAAUUUCAGAAGAGACUCCUACUGAAACCAUUGAAGUAUCAGAAGAAGAGACACCAGUUGAAACUUUUGAAGUAUCAGAGGAGGAAAAACUAGUUGAAACAAUUGAAGUAUCAGAGGAGGAAAAACCAGUUGAAAUCACUGAAGUAUCAGAAGAGCAAAAACCAAUCGACAUUAUUGAUGUAUCAGAAGAAGAAAAACCAGUUGAAACUACUGAUGUAUCAGAAGUCAAAUCAGAAGAACUGACUGAAGAAAUUGUUGACACUCUUGCAGUAUCUGAAGAAGUAUCAGAACAACAGUCUAAAGAUGUCAUGGAAACGUUUGGCAUUUCCAAGGAUGAGCAACCAGACGAACCACCUGAACAAGUUGUCGAAGCUCUUGAAGUAUCUGCAGAAAAACCAUUGGAACUAGUUGAAGGUCUUAUUGAAACGUUUGAAGUAUCACAUGACGAACAACCUGAAGGAUCAUCUGAAGACAUUGUUGAAAGUAGUGACGUAUCUGAAGAAGACAAACCAGAAGAACCAGCUGAAGGAAUUGUUGAACAUCUUGUAUCAUCUGAAGAAGAGAAACAAGAAGAACCAGCUGAAGGGAUUGAUGAAACUCUUGAGGUAUCUGAAGAAAUGAAAACGGCAGAAGAAAAGCCACAAGAACACUUUGAAGCAAUAGUUCAAACUACUGAGGCAUAUGAGCCAUUUGAGAAAAUAUUUGAAACUCUUGACGAAUCUGAAGAAGAAACACCUGAAGGACCAUCUAACAAAACGGUUGCAACUCUUGAUGUAUCUGAAGAAGAGGAACCAGCUGAGACUACUGAAGUAUCAGAAGAAGAGAAAUUACUUGAAACUGUUAACGUAACACAGGCAGACAAAACAGUUGAAAGUAUUUCAUCACCAGAAGAAGUAAGAAAAAUUAUUCAAGCUACUGAAGUAUCACAAGAAGCUAUUGCUCCUGAAAGUGUUUCAUUUCCCGAGGAACUAGCUGAAAUGGAACAUACUGAAGAAGUCACUGGCGUUACUGAGGUACCUGAGGAAGACAAAGUAAUAAAAAGUGGUUCAUUGCCAGAAGAAUCAGCUGAAGAAAUUCAAACCGUAAGGAUUUCAGAAGAGACUUCUGCUGAAAUUAUUGAAGUAUCAAAAGGAGAGAAACAAGUUGAAACUACUGAAGUAUCAGAAGAAGAGAAAUUGGUAGAAACUAUUGAAGUAUCAGAAGAAAACGAACACGAAGAACCAACUGAAGGUAGCAUUGAACCUCUUGAAAUCCCCAAGGAUGAUUAUCUACACGAACCAUCUGAAGAAAUUGUUGAAGCUCUUGAAGUAUUCGAAGAAGAGCUACUAGAAGAAUCAACAGAAACAAUGGCUGAAAGUGUUAAAAUAUCUGAAGAACAACCUGCAGAAAAUGUUAAAAGUCUUGAAAUAUUUGAAGAAGAAAAACUUGAAGAACCAUCUCAAGAACAUAUUGAAACUCUUGAAGCAUCUGACGAAGAAAAAUCAAAAGAAAUAGCUGACGAGACUGUUGAGAGUCUUGGGGUAUCUGAACAAGAGAAACCAGAAGAACCAUCUGAAGCAAUGGUUGAAACUCCUGAGACAUAUGAGCCAUCUCAGGAAAUGACUGAAACUCCCGUAGUAUCUGAAGAAGAAAAGCCAGAAGAACCGUUUGAAGCAAUGGUUGAUAUUCUUAAAAUAUCAGAAGAAGAGAAAGCAGAAGAACCAGCUGAAGGAAUUGUUGAUACUCUUGAAGUAUCUGAAAAACAAACAUUAGAACAAUCAUCUGCAGAAAUUGUUGAAACACUUGAGAUAUCUGAAGAGGAAAAACAAAAAGAACCAUCAGAAGACAUUGUUGAAACACUUGAUGUAUCUGAAAAAGAGAAAUCAGAAGAAAUUGUUGAAUCUCUUGAGGUAUCUGAAGAUGAGAAACCAGAAGAAAUAUCUGAAGAAAUUGUUGAAACUCUUGAGGUAUCAGAAAUAGAAAAACCAGAAGAACCAUCAGAAGAAAUUGCGCAAAAUCUUGAAGUAUCUGAAGAAGAGAAAUCACAAGAAAUAUAUGAAGAAAUUGUUAAAACUCCUGAAGUAACUGAAGAAGGGAAAUCAGAAGAAAUAUCUGACGAAAUUGUUGAAACUCUUGAAGUAUCUGAAGAAGAAAAACCAGCAGAACCAUUUGUAGAAAUUGUUGAAACUUUUGAGGUAUCUGCAGAAGGAAAAUCAGAAGAAAUAGUUGAAGAAACUGUUGAGAAUCUUGCAGUAUCUGAAGAAGAGAAACCUGAAGAACCAUCUGAAGCAAUGGUUGAAACUGUUGAGGCAUAUGAGCCAUCUCAGGAAAUAACUGAAACUCCCGUAGUAUCUGAAGAAGAAAAGCCAAAAGAAAUAUCUGAAGCAAUGGUUGAUAUUCUUGAAAUAUCUGAACACGAGAAAGCAGAAGAACCAGCUCAAGGAAUUGUUGACAUUCUUGAAGUAUCUGAAGACGAGAAACCGGAAGAAACAUCUGCAGAAAUUAUUGAACCUCUUGAAGUAUCUGAAGAAGAGAAACCAGAAGAAAUAUCUGCAGAAAUUGUUCAAACUCUUGAAGUUUCAGAAGAAAAAUCAGAAGAAAUAUCUGCAGAAAUCAUAGAACCUCUUGAAGUAUCUGAAGAAGAGAAAUCAGAAGAAACAUCUGCAGAAAUUGUUAAACCUCUUGAAGUAUCUAAAGAAGAAAAACCAAAGGAAACAAUUGUAGAAAUUGUUGAAACAUCUGCAGAAAUUGUUGAAACUCUUGAAGUAUCUGAAGAAGAAAAAACAGAAGAAAUAUCUGCAGAAAUUAUUGAACCUCUUGAAGUAUCUGAAAAACAAAUAUUAGAAGAAUCAUCUGAAGAAAUUGUUGAAACACUUGAGAUAUCUCAAGAGGAAAAACCUGAAGAAACACCUGAAGAAACUGUUGAAACUCUUGAAGUAUCUGAAGAAGAAAAAUCAGAAGAAACAUCCACAGAAAUUGUUCAAACUCUUGAAGUGUCUGAAGAAGACAAAUCAGAAGAAACAUCUGCAGAAAUUGUUGAAACUCUUGAAGUAUCUGAAGAAGAAAAACCAGAAAAAACAUCUGCAGAAAUUGUUGAAACGAUUGAUAUAUCCAAAGAAGAAAAACCAGAAGAAACAUCUGCAGAAAUUGUUGAAACUCUUGAAGUAUCUGAAGAAGAAAAACCAGAAGAAACAUCUGCAGAAAUUGUUGAAACGUUUGAUGUAUCUGAAGAAGAAAAACCAGAAGAAACAUCUGCAGAAAUUGUUGAAACGUUUGAUGUAUCUGAAGAAGAAAAACCAGAAGAAACAUCUGCAGAAAUUGUUGAAACUGUUGAAAUAUCUGUAGAAGAAAAACCAGAAGAAACAUCUGCAGAAAUUAUUGAACCUCUUGAAGUUUUAGAAGAAGAGAAUCCAGAAGAAAUAUCUCAAGAAAUUGUUGAAACUCUUGAAGUAUCUGCAGAAGAAAAACCACAAGAAACAUCUCUAGAAAUUGUUGAAAGUCGUGAAAUUUCAGAAGAAGAAAAACCAGAAGAAAUAUCUGCAGAAAUUGUUGAAACUCUUGAGAUAUCUGAAGAAGAAAAAGCAGCAGUACCAUCAGAAGAAAUUCUUCAAUCUCUUGAGGUAUCCGAAGAAGAAAAACCAAAUGAAUCAGCUGAAGAAAUUGUUGAAACUCUUGAGGUAUCUGAAAAAGAAAAACCAGAAGAAAUAUCUGAGGAACCAUUUGAAGAAACUGUUGAAACACUUCUGGUAUCUGAAGAAGAAAAACCAGAAGAACCAUCUGGAGAAACUGUUGAAACGCUUGAGAUAUCUGAGGAACGGAAAUCAGUAGAAAUAUCUGAAGAAAUUAUUGGACGUCUUGAAGUUUCUGAAGACGAGAAACCUGAAGAAAUAUCUGAAGAAAUUGUUGAAACUCUUGAAGUGUCUGAAGAAGAAAAAGAAGAAGAAACAUCUGGAGAAAUUACUGAACCUCUUGAAGUUUCAGAAGAAGAAAUACCAGAAGAAAUACCUGCAGAAAUUGUUGAAAGACUGGACGUAUCUGAAGAAGAAAAACCAGAAGAAACAUCUGCAGAAAUUGUUGAAUCUGUUGAAGUUUCAGAAGAAGAAAAACUAGAAGAAAGAUCCGCAGAAAUUGUUGAAACUCUUCAAGUAUCUGAAGAAGAAAAACCAGAAGAAACAUCUGCAGAAAUUGUUGAAACUCUUGAAGUUUCAGAAGAAGAAAAACCAGAAGAAAUAUCUACAGAAAUUGUUGAAACGCUGGAUGUAUCCGAAGAAGAAAAACCAGAAGAAACAUCUGCAGAAAUUGUUGAAACUCUUGAAGUAUCUGAAGAAGAAAAACCAGAAGAAACAUCUGCAGAAAUUGUUGAAACGUUUGAUGUAUCCGAAGAAGAAAAACCAGAAGAAACAUCUGCAGAAAUUGUUGAAACUGUUGAAGUAUCUGUAGAAGAAAAACCAGAAGAAACAUCUGCAGAAAUUAUUGAACCUCUUGAAGUUUUAGAAGAAGAGAAUCCAGAAGAAAUAUCUCAAGAAAUUGUUGAAACUCUUGAAGUAUCUGCAGAAGAAAAACCACAAGAAACAUCUCUAGAAAUUGUUGAAAGUCGUGAAAUUUCAGAAGAAGAAAAACCAGAAGAAAUAUCUGCAGAAAUUGUUGAAACUCUUGAGAUAUCUGAAGAAGAAAAAGUAGCAGUACCAUCAGAAGAAAUUCUUCAAUCUCUUGAGGUAUCCGAAGAAGAAAAACCAAAUGAAUCAGCUGAAGAAAUUGUUGAAACUCUUGAGGUAUCUGAAAAAGAAAAACCAGAAGAAAUAUCUGAGGAACCAUUUGAAGAAACUGUUGAAACACUUCUGGUAUCUGAAGAAGAAAAACCAGAAGAACCAUCUGGAGAAACUGUUGAAACGCUUGAGAUAUCUGAGGAACGGAAAUCAGUAGAAAUAUCUGAAGAAAUUAUUGGACCUCUUGAAGUUUCUGAAGACGAGAAACCUGAAGAAAUAUCUGAAGAAAUUGUUGAAACUCUUGAAGAGUCUGAAGAAGAAAAAGAAGAAGAAACAUCUGGAGAAAUUACUGAACCUCUUGAAGUUUCAGAAGAAGAAAUACCAGAAGAAAUACCUGCAGAAAUUGUUGAAAGACUGGACGUAUCUGAAGAAGAAAAACCAGAAGAAACAUCUACAGAAAUUGUUGAAUCUGUUGAAGUUUCAGAAGAAGAAAAACUAGAAGAAAGAUCCGCAGAAAUUGUUGAAACUCUUCAAGUAUCUGAAGAAGAAAAACCAGAAGAAACAUCUGCAGAAAUUGUUGAAACUCUUGAAGUUUCAGAAGAAGAAAAACCAGAAGAAAUAUCUACAGAAAUUGUUGAAACGCUGGAUGUAUCCGAAGAAGAAAAACCAGAAGAAACAUCUGCAGAAAUUGUUGAAACUCUUGAAGUAUCAGAAGAAGAAAAACCAGAAGAAACAUCUGCAGAAAUUGUUGAAACUCUUGAAAUUUCAGAAGAAGAAACACCAGAGGAAACAUCUGCAGAAAUUGUUGAAACUCUUGAAGUAUCUGAAGAAGAAAAACCAGAAGAAAUAUCUGCAGAAAUUGUUGAAACUCUUGAAGUAUCUGAAGAAGAAAAACCAGAAGAAAUAUCUGCAGAAAUUGUUGAAACUCUUGAAGUUUCAGAAGAAGAAACACCAGAAGAAAUAUCUGCAGAAAUUGUUGAAACUCUUGAAGUACCUGAAGAAGCAAAACCAGAAGAAACAUCUGCAGAAAUUGUUGAAACUCUUGAAGUAUCUGAAGAAGAAAAACCAGAAGAAAUAUCUGCAGAAAUUGUUGAAACUCUUGAGAUAUCUGAAGAAGAAAAAGCAGCAGUACCAUCAGAAGAAAUUCUUCAAUCUCUUGAGGUAUCCGAAGAAGAAAAACCAAAUGAAUCAGCUGAAGAAAUUGUUGAAACUCUUGAGGUAUCUGAAAAAGAAAAACCAGAAGAAAUAUCUGAGGAACCAUUUGAAGAAACUGUUGAAACACUUCUGGUAUCUGAAGAAGAAAAACCAGAAGAACCAUCUGGAGAAACUGUUGAAACGCUUGAGAUAUCUGAGGAACGGAAAUCAGUAGAAAUAUCUGAAGAAAGUAUUGGACCUCUUGAAGUUUCUGAAGACGAGAAACCUGAAGAAAUAUCUGAAGAAAUUGUUGAAACUCUUGAAGUGUCUGAAGAAGAAAAAGAAGAAGAAACAUCUGGAGAAAUUACUGAACCUCUUGAAGUUUCAGAAGAAGAAAUACCAGAAGAAAUACCUGCAGAAAUUGUUGAAAGACUGGACGUAUCUGAAGAAGAAAAAACAGAAGAAACAUCUGCAGAAAUUGUUGAAUCUGUUGAAGUUUCAGAAGAAGAAAAACUAGAAGAAAGAUCCGCAGAAAUUGUUGAAACUCUUCAAGUAUCUGAAGAAGAAAAACCAGAAGAAACAUCUGCAGAAAUUGUUGAAACUCUUGAAGUAUCUGAAGAAGAAAAACCAGAAGAAACAUCUGCAGAAAUUGUUGAAACGUUUGAUGUAUCCGAAGAAGAAAAACCAGAAGAAACAUCUGCAGAAAUUGUUGAAACUGUUGAAGUAUCUGUAGAAGAAAAACCAGAAGAAACAUCUGCAGAAAUUAUUGAACCUCUUGAAGUUUUAAAAGAAGAGAAUCCAGAAGAAAUAUCUCAAGAAAUUGUUGAAACUCUUGAAGUAUCUGCAGAAGAAAAACCACAAGAAACAUCUCUAGAAAUUGUUGAAAGUCGUGAAAUUUCAGAAGAAGAAAAACCAGAAGAAACAUCUGCAGAAAUUGUUGAAACUCUUGAAGUAUCUGAAGAAGAAAAACCAGAAGAAACAUCCGCAGAAAUUGUUGAAACUCUUGAAAUUUCAGAAGAAGAAACACCAGAGGAAACAUCUGCAGAAAUUGUUGAAUCUGUUGAAGUUUCAGAAGAAGAAAAACUAGAAGAAAGAUCCGCAGAAAUUGUAGAAACUCUUGAAGUAUCUGAAGAAGAAAAACCAGAAGAAAUAUCUGCAGAAAUUGUUGAAACUCUUGAAGUAUCUGAAGAAGAAAAACCAGAAGAAAUAUCUGCAGAAAUUGUUGAAACUCUUGAAGUUUCAGAAGAAGAAACACCAGAAGAAAUAUCUGCAGAAAUUGUUGAAACUCUUGAAGUACCUGAAGAAGCAAAACCAGAAGAAACAUCUGCAGAAAUUGUUGAAACUCUUGAAGUAUCUGAA